UUGUACUCUCUGUCUUUCAUAUCAGCUCUCUCUCCGGUUCCCUUACUCUCUCCAUCGCUCUCUCGCUGUCUUUCCCUGAGCGUGCGAGAGGAGUUCGGGCAGUAACUACGUCAGCCUUCAGCGAGCAGCUGAGGAGAGCUGUGGAACUCAUAUGUGUGUGUGUCUCUCUCUCAUCCUUCUCUCAUAGUCUCCAGCUCAUGCCUCUACUCUCUCUGGAGUCUACGGCCGUGGCACAUCCUGGGGCACUGAUACGGCAAACGAAGCACCUCCUCUCACCAUCUGCACUCCACUACUCAAACAGCAGCAGACCACAGCACAAACCGAGGAGAAAAGAAGGAGAGAGUGGAAGCAAAGGAUGGAAGAGAAGAAAAGAAAGAUGGGAAUCUGAGGAAAAAGUGCGGAGGUAGGAGAGACUGAUGGACAGAGUAGAAAAAGUGAGCAAAGGAAUAGUAUUGUAAGAAUAAAACUGAGAUGAAGUGGGGAACACAGAGCUGAUAAAGGCGAAACUGAUGAGAGAAAUAUAUUUCUUAUAAAUAGGACGUAGCUGGGUCCAGCAAAGAAUAACAACCUUAGAGAGAGAAGAUUUAGAAGAAAAAAAUUCUAACGGUCACAGUGUAGUAGAAUAGCUGGUGAAACGGAAAAGAGCAAAGGCUCAGGGAGAGAUCAGCAGGAGGGAUCAGAGUCCUUUGCAAAGGACUCUUCACACACAGCCCUGGCAAACCACGUGCCCAUCGAAUUUGUUUGUAAAAUUAAGUUUGCUGAGGGCAACGAAGCCAAGGGGGCCUCAACAGAAGGAGGCGGAACCGUUAUGCUAGAUGAAGGCCUUCGGCGUCAAAAAGGAGGUAUGGCUGACCUGGCGUCCUUUGCAAGUUCCUCUUCGCUACAUGGUCUGGCUCGGGUAUUGGGGACCUCAGGGCACAUGGGUUUCAGACAGACCCUUUGGGGCCUGGCACUGUUGGUCUCGCUCGGUCUCUUCCUGUACCAGGCGACAUGGAGCAUGGUGACUUUUCUAGAGCGACCCCACCUCGCAGCUAUGAGGGAAGAAACCCGCCGUGAGCUCACCUUCCCAGCCAUUACCCUCUGUAACGUCAACCGAUUUCGCUUCUCAGCCCUCACCGAUGCGGACAUAUACCACUUGGCGAACCUCACCGGCCUGCCGCCCAAGAGCCGUAAAGGACACCGGCCAAGUGAGCUCCAGUACCCACCCCCUGACAUGUUAGACAUUUUCCAGAGGACUGGCCACCAGCUGGAAGACAUGCUGAAGAGUUGUAACUUCAGCGGGCAGAACUGCUCGAGCAAAGACUUCAGCGUGGUGUAUACACGGUUUGGGAAAUGUUACAUGUUUAAUGGAAACAAGACGUCACCCAAGCGGGUAAGGCAAGGCGGCACAGGAAACGGACUGGAGUUGAUGCUGGAUAUUCAGCAGGACGAGUAUCUGCCCAUCUGGAGAGAAACCAAUGAGACGACAUUGGAGGCAGGUAUUCGGGUUCAGAUUCACAGUCAGAAUGAACCCCCGUACAUCCACCAGCUAGGAUUUGGGGUCUCUCCAGGAUUCCAGACUUUUGUUUCCUGUCAGGAACAGAGGGUAACAUACCUGCCACAGCCGUGGGGAAACUGUCGGGCUUCGUCUGAGCCUGUGAUCCCAGGAUAUGACACAUACAGCAUCAGCGCUUGCAGACUGCACUGUGAGAGCACACAGGUGCAGAGAGAGUGCAACUGCAGGAUGGUGCAUAUGCCAGGUGAUGCUGAUAUCUGUUCACCCAGCAAAAUCAAGUGUGUUAACAAGGCGUUAGCUUUACUCCAGAAGAGCACAGGUGACUCAUGCCCCUGCGAGACACCCUGUAAUUUCACUCGCUAUGGAAAAGAGCUCUCUAUGGUUAAAAUCCCCAGCAGGGGCUCCGCUCGCUACCUUUCUCGCAAAUACCAAAAAUCGGAGGAAUACAUCAGAGACAACUUUCUCAUCUUGGAUAUUUUCUUUGAGGCCCUUAAUUAUGAGACAAUUGAACAGAAGAAAGCGUACGACAUCGCUGGUCUGUUAGGAGAUAUUGGUGGACAGAUGGGGCUCUUCAUUGGGGCCAGUAUUCUUACUGUACUGGAAAUACUUGACUAUAUAUAUGAGGUGGUCAAAUGCAAAAUCAAGCAACUCCUGAAACCUAAAAAGAUUCAGAAAAAACAAAACCAAAGGAACUUGAUUCAAGAGCAGGUUCAGAGAACAAAGAACAUGCGAGAACUGAACCUGCGAACACAGCUGGCAGAUAGAACCAUAGCUACUGUAAGAUUUGAAGAAGUCAAAGUCAAGGAAGCCAAUGAAGUGGCUCAACUCCACAGUGCACAUCCAACUUCAAUAUUACCAAAUCAUCACAAUGCACAAGCAGUUGUACAGCAGGACUUGGCUUGUUAAAGGAUGCCUAUUCUUCUCUGUGUUUAAUUUUCAUAUCACUGAACUUUGAAAUUGGGAUUCUGAAUGGACCCUGCGAACUGAAAUACAAUUUCUUUUUAUUUUUCCCACUUAUAAAAGCUAAAGCCAAAGCUUAAUCCAUGGCCUCAUGUGAAACCUGCUCAAACCAGUCAAACCAUCACUGGUCUCAUUGUUCAGGUCAAUACCAGAUGAAGAAAUCACACAAUGUGAUUCACAUGUGCUUUUGUAGAUUUUUUUUCCCCAUCUGGGUUGUUCUAUUAUGGACUUCAAAGAAGAAAAGACCAGAGAGGAUCAGAUUUGAUCAGAAUGUUGCAUUUCACAUUAAUUAACUAUUUGUCAGGACAAAUAAGAACUAAAUGGAAGUUAUAAGGAAAACAGAGAAAUGAAGCAAACAUACAGCUGUUGCUGAGUGCAGAAAAAUUGGUUUCUAGGCGAUUCAGUGUUUGCAUAAUUUCACCUUUUCACGUUUCUUAAUAACAUAAUGAGACUUCUCAGUAGGAGAACAGCUAAAAUAUACCACUUGCUUAUCUGUAGGAGUAAGUGUUUGGUUGGUUUUUUUUUGUGCGUUUUUUUUUUUUUUUUGGUCUUAUGUAACUUCUUCAUUUUGCUAUAGUCCUUAUAAUGAAAAAAUCUGACUCUAGGUUUGAAACAUGGAAAACAUCACACAAGAGCACACACUGUUAAUAAAUAAAAUAAAUUAAGGUAAAAUAAAAAAAUAUAAACUUCUUUAUAUGAAUAUAAAAAGGUAGGUGGUAUAUGUAUAUAUUUUUUUAAAUACACACACAUUCAAAUACAAAUAGAAACAUUUAAAAUUGUAGUAACAUUUUGAUGAAUAUACACAAUUUCCAUCUGGUCAUAAAUAUUAAAAAUAAAGAUAAAUCAGUCAAUCAAUCUGAAAAGGACUAAAAUAAUGACUACAGCUGAGUUCUCCUUCUUCUUUGUAAUUUCAUGCCUUGAAUAAUGUAUUGGAGACUGGUUUUAAGCCAGAGCCUUCUGACUGAAUAUGCAGAAUUUCUACAAUUAACAUUGUACAUGAGGACAAUAUUUCAAGGAGAAAAUAAAUCUGCUUUUACUGCCAUGAUGCCAUCUAGUGGGACUAACUGAUUACUGUGGAAGUAUUUGGCUAAUAAAAGUUUAUUUUUUAUUUUUUUAACAAUAUUACAUGGGUGGGCUAAAAGACUUUUUAAGCUCUUCAUCUGUAACUUUUCUGUUAGCAGCAGCACGGCGCUCACAGUAAACAUCUGCAGUGUGAUGCACUUUAACUCUUUAGCUGCCCUGCAGAGAACAGGAAAUCAUUUACUUUGUGGCUCAGCAGCAGAAGAAGUACAUCAUUCCAUUAACGUAAUCCUGGUUUCUGGACGCCCACUUAUUUUAUGCUGGAUCCAAACAGCAUGUUCAAGUCUGUGUGAAUUACUGAUGCUUUAUUUUCAGGUCACUGCUUUUUUGCGUAAAUGUCGAAAAUUAAACACCUAGACUG